AUGGUCCUUUUGAAAUGGCUCGUAUGCCAAUUGGUCUUCUUUACCGCUUUUUCGCAUGCGUUUACCGACUAUCUAUUAAAGAAGUGUGCGCAAUCUGGGUUUUGCCAUAGAAACAGGGUUUAUGCAGAAAAUAUUGCCAAAUCUCAUCACUGCUAUUACAAAGUGGACGCCGAGUCUAUUGCACACGAUCCUUUAGAGAAUGUGCUUCAUGCUACCAUAAUUAAAACUAUACCAAGAUUGGAGGGCGAUGAUAUAGCCGUUCAGUUCCCAUUCUCUCUCUCUUUUUUACAGGAUCACUCAGUAAGGUUCACUAUAAAUGAGAAAGAGAGAAUGCCAACCAACAGCAGCGGUUUGUUGAUCUCUUCACAACGGUUCAAUGAGACCUGGAAGUACGCAUUCGACAAGAAAUUUCAAGAGGAGGCGAACAGGACCAGUAUUCCACAAUUCCACUUCCUUAAGCAAAAACAAACUGUGAACUCAUUCUGGUCGAAAAUAUCUUCAUUUUUGUCACUUUCAAACUCCACUGCAGACACAUUUCAUCUUCGAAACGGUGAUGUAUCCGUAGAAAUCUUUGCUGAACCUUUUCAAUUGAAAGUUUACUGGCAAAAUGCGCUGAAACUUAUUGUAAACGAGCAAAAUUUCCUGAACAUUGAACAUCAUAGAACUAAGCAGGAAAACUUCGCACACGUGCUGCCAGAAGAAACAACUUUCAACAUGUUUAAGGACAAUUUCUUGUAUUCAAAGCAUGACUCUAUGCCUUUGGGGCCUGAAUCGGUUGCGCUAGAUUUCUCUUUCAUGGGUUCUACUAAUGUCUACGGUAUACCGGAACAUGCGACGUCGCUAAGGCUGAUGGACACUUCAGGUGGAAAGGAACCCUACAGGCUUUUCAACGUUGAUGUCUUUGAGUACAACAUCGGUACCAGCCAACCAAUGUACGGUUCGAUCCCAUUCAUGUUUUCAUCUUCGUCCACAUCUAUCUUUUGGGUCAAUGCAGCUGACACUUGGGUAGACAUAAAGUAUGACACCAGUAAAAAUAAAACGAUGACUCAUUGGAUCUCCGAAAAUGGUGUCAUAGAUGUAGUCAUGUCCCUGGGGCCAGAUAUUCCAACUAUCAUUGACAAAUUUACCGAUUUGACUGGUAGACCCUUUUUACCGCCCAUUUCCUCUAUAGGGUACCAUCAAUGUAGAUGGAAUUAUAAUGAUGAGAUGGACGUUCUCACAGUGGACUCUCAGAUGGAUGCUCAUAUGAUUCCUUACGAUUUUAUUUGGUUGGACUUGGAGUAUACGAACGACAAAAAAUAUUUUACUUGGAAGCAGCACUCCUUUCCCAAUCCAAAAAGGCUGUUAUCCAAAUUAAAAAAGUUGGGUAGAAAUCUUGUCGUACUAAUCGAUCCUCAUUUAAAGAAAGAUUAUGAAAUCAGUGACAGGGUAAUUAAUGAAAAUGUAGCAGUCAAGGAUCACAAUGGAAAUGACUAUGUAGGUCAUUGCUGGCCAGGUAAUUCUAUAUGGAUUGAUACCAUAAGCAAAUAUGGCCAAAAGAUUUGGAAGUCCUUUUUCGAACGGUUUAUGGAUCUGCCGGCUGAUUUAACUAAUUUAUUCAUUUGGAAUGAUAUGAACGAGCCUUCGAUUUUCGAUGGCCCAGAGACCACAGCUCCAAAAGAUUUGAUUCACGACAAUUACAUUGAGGAAAGAUCCGUCCAUAACAUAUAUGGUCUAUCAGUGCAUGAAGCUACUUACGACGCAAUAAAAUCGAUUUAUUCACCAUCCGAUAAGCGUCCUUUCCUUCUAACAAGGGCUUUUUUUGCCGGCUCUCAACGUACUGCUGCCACAUGGACUGGUGACAAUGUGGCCAAUUGGGAUUACUUAAAGAUUUCCAUUCCUAUGGUUCUGUCAAACAACAUUGCUGGUAUGCCAUUUAUAGGAGCCGACAUAGCUGGCUUUGCUGAGGAUCCUACACCUGAAUUGAUUGCACGUUGGUACCAAGCGGGCUUAUGGUACCCAUUUUUUAGAGCACACGCCCAUAUAGACACCAAGAGAAGAGAACCAUACUUAUUCAAUGAACCUUUGAAGUCGAUAGUACGUGAUAUUAUCCAAUUGAGAUAUUUCCUGCUACCUACCUUAUACACCAUGUUUCAUAAAUCAAGUGUCACUGGAUUUCCGAUAAUGAAUCCAAUGUUUAUUGAACACCCUGAAUUUGCUGAAUUGUAUCAUAUCGAUAACCAAUUUUACUGGAGUAAUUCAGGUCUAUUAGUCAAACCUGUCACGGAGCCUGGUCAAUCAGAAACGGAAAUGGUUUUCCCACCCGGUAUAUUCUAUGAAUUCGCAUCUUUACACUCUUUUAUAAACAAUGGUACUGAUUUGAUAGAAAAGAAUAUUUCUGCACCAUUGGAUAAAAUUCCAUUAUUUAUUGAAGGCGGUCACAUUAUCACUAUGAAAGAUAAGUAUAGAAGAUCUUCAAUGUUAAUGAAAAACGAUCCAUAUGUAAUAGUUAUAGCCCCUGAUACCGAGGGACGAGCCGUUGGAGAUCUUUAUGUUGAUGAUGGAGAAACUUUUGGCUACCAAAGAGGUGAGUACGUAGAAACUCAGUUCAUUUUCGAAAACAAUACCUUAAAAAAUGUUCGAAGUCAUAUUCCCGAGAAUUUGACAGGCAUUCACCACAAUACUUUGAGGAAUACCAAUAUUGAAAAAAUCAUUAUCGCAAAGAAUAAUUUACAACACAACAUAACGUUGAAAGACAGUAUUAAAGUCAAAAAAAAUGGCGAAGAAAGUUCAUUGCCGACUAGAUCGUCAUAUGAGAAUGAUAAUAAGAUCACCAUUCUUAACCUAUCGCUUGACAUAACUGAAGAUUGGGAAGUUAUUUUUUGA